AAUGGUGGUUUCUACAAUACCAGCGUCGGUGAAGAUCCCAACAAAGUAUAUGCUCUAGCGCGUUGCAGGGGAGACUAUUCUGCAGAGGAUUGCUCCAGUUGUAUCAAUUCAACAAUCCAAGAUCUCAUCACUAACUGUCCAAACCAAAAAGAAGCAAUUUCCAUGGGAGAUUGUACGAUACACUAUGCAAAUCGCUACAUCUUCGGAAUUCUCGAGCAAUCUCCGUCUUAUCAUUUCAAUAAUAUAGGCAAUCUCACUGUAAAUUUGACACAGUUUGAUCAGAUUUGGGAGAGUUUAAUGGAUGGUUUAGUGAGAAAUGCUUCUGCUGGAACUUCUAGGCUUAAGUUUGCCACAGGAGAAGCGAAUUUAUUAACACAAUUUCAAAAAAUUUAUGCCCUUACGCAGUGCACACCCGAUUUAUCUCAACGUGAUUGUGAUUUCUGUUUGAGGCAAUGCGUACUUAAUUUCGAAAGUUGCUGCCGCGGGAAGCAAGGAGGUGGUGUUCAGAAACCAAGCUGUUUUCUCCGGUGGGAUUUGUAUCCCUUCUAUAACCCUCCUCCACCUCCACCUAGCAGUCCCCCUCCGGUUUCUGGUAGUCCUCCUCCUGUUUCAAAUUCAAAUAAUACCAAACCCGCGAAAGACAAUGGGCGACUUGCUACACAAACUAUUAUAAUUGUUGUUGUUGUUGUUUCAACCAUUGGUUCCAUGGCAAUUCUUGCGAUCACUUGUUCCCUUCUCCGAAAGAGAUGGAAGUCAAAGCAGGAAGUUACAGGUGUGGAUGACAAUGAAGGUGUGGACGACACUGAAGGUGUUGAUGAUAGUAUUAGUGCUGAGUCCUUGCGAUUUGACUUGGGCACAUUAAGGGUUGCCACUGAUAACUUUUCCAGCAAGAACAAGCUAGGACAAGGUGGAUUUGGUGUUGUUUAUAAGGGAAAGCUUCAAGAUGGGCGAGAUAUAGCUAUAAAGAGGCUUUCUAGAAAUUCUGAACAAGGAGAGAUUGAAUUUAAGAAUGAAGUCUUACUAAUGGCAAGACUUCAACACAGGAAUUUGGUUAGACUCCUAGGUUUUUGCUUGGAAGGGAGUGAAAGGCUUCUCAUCUAUGAGUUUGCUCCCAACUUAAGCCUUGAUCACUUUAUAUUCCAUCCAGUCAAACGUUUACUACUAGAUUGGAACAAAAGAUACAAAGUUAUAGGGGGAAUAGCUAAAGGGAUUCUGUACCUUCAUGAAGAUUCUCAAUAUCGAAUCAUCCAUCGUGAUUUAAAAGCUGCCAAUAUUCUAUUAGAUGCAAAAAUGAAUCCCAAAAUUUCAGAUUUUGGAAUGGCAAGGUUAUUUGCAGGGGAUCAAACACAAGCUAAUUCGAGUAAAAUUGUUGGAACACUUGGAUAUAUGGCUCCAGAGUACGUGAUGAAUGGGAAUUUUUCAAUUAAGUCUGAUGUUUAUAGCUUUGGUGUGCUAGUUCUUGAGAUCAUCAGUGGUCAAAAGGUCUAUCUCAGUAAUGGAGAAGAAGGGGAGAAUCUCCUAACUAAUGCGUGGAAAAAUUGGAUGGAAGGGACUGCUCUAAAUUUUAUAGAUCCCAUCUUGAGGGAUGGUUCAAGGAGCGAAAUGUUGAGAUGCAUACAGCUAGGCUUACUAUGUGUUCAAGAAAAUGUUGCUAGAAGGCCAACCAUGGCUUCCGUUGCUCUCAUGCUUAGUAGCAGCUCUGUAUCUCUUCAAGCGCCCUCAAAACCAGCAUUUCUUAUGGACUCUAUCAUUGAGCCAGAGAACUCAUCAAUUGCAUCUUCACCUGCAUCUGCUCAAUCCAAAAGAAGAUCCACUGAUUUCACAUUAAAUGAGGUCACAAUAUCUGAUUUUGAUCCUCGAUAGAGUUUGUGAAUUAAGCUGUGCGGCGCUUCUGUGAAUUAUCAGCACUCUCUUCACUCUCUUCACUUCGUAUUACUUUAUACACCUGGUUUGUUUGUUUUGUAGAAUUCUUCUUUGAGCAGGUAGGUUCAUCAUCAUCACUUGAUCUUAGAUCAGUUUAAACAAAGUGAUUCAACUCUCAAAGUGAGCAACCGAAGCAGACAUAUUACUCAAUAAAUCUGUAGACUGCAU